UGGUUCUCGCGAGAGUGCGAGCGGAAGAUGGCAGAUGGCUCUUCCUCAUAGGGUGUGUGUGAGUGUGUGUCGUUUGUUUACCGUUCGAUGCGUCGCUCCGGUGCGUGUUUCAUUCCCGUCCGUCUCUGUUGAGUCACCGGACAGUGUUCAUGUUGUGCGGGCUGCUGUUUUCCACCGUUCAUCUGUGUAAAUAUGACGGGAGAGAAGAUCCGCUCGGUGCGCAAAGAGCGCAAGGCGGGUUUGGAUCUGCUGGAGCCGGACGAGGAGCCGGCGGCCACCGGGCCGACCAAAGCCAACCGGGGCAGCAAGAUCCUCAGCGGCGGCAACCACAAGAUCCUCCGCUCCAGCUCGCAGCAGAACCAGAACCACGGCGACACUGACGGCGCGUAUCCCGUGCAUGAGUGCGUGUUCCGGGGAGACGUGCGGAGGCUGUCAUCGCUCAUCCGGACGCAGAACAUCGCGCAGAAAGACCUGCACGGAAACACCCCUCUUCAUCUGGCCGUUAUGAUGGGUCAUAAAGAUCUGGGUGAUUUCUAUCUGGAGCUGCACUGGGAUUUCCAGAGCUGGGUGCCUUUACUCUCACGGAUUUUACCCUCCGACGCCUGCAAGAUCUACAAACAGGGCAUCAACAUCCGUUUGGACACUACACUGAUCGACUUCACCGAUAUGAAGUGUCAGCGAGGAGACCUGAGCUUCAUCUUCUGCGGAGACGCCGCUCCCUCCGAGUCCUUCGUGGUUCUGGACAACGAGCAGAAGGUUUAUCAGCGGAUUCAUCACGAGGAGUCAGAGAUGGAGACGGAGGAGGAGGUGGACAUCCUGAUGAGCAGCGACAUCUACUCCGCCACGCUCUCCACCAAAUCCAUCACCUUCUCGCGCGCACAGACCGGCUGGCUCUUCCGCGAGGACAAAACCGAGCGAGUGGGGAAUUUCCUGGCGGAUUUCUACAUGGUGAACGGCCUGGUUCUGGAGUCCAGGAAGAGACGCGAGCACCUGAGCGAGGAGGACAUCCUGAGGAACAAGGCCAUCAUGGAGAGCUUCAGCAAAGGAGGAGGGAGUAUCAUCGAGCAGAGCUUCGAGCCGGUGCGGCGUCAGUCGCUGACCGCUCCGUCUCCGAACACUAUCUCCUGGGAGGAGUACAUCACCGCCGAGACGGGAAAGGCUCCUCAUCUGGGCCGAGAGCUGGUGUGCAAAGAGAGCAAGAAGAACUUCAAAGCAACUGUAGCCAUGAGUCAGGACUUUCCUCUGAGCAUCGAGUCGCUGUUAAAUGUUUUGGAGGUCAUCGCACCCUUCAAACACUUUAAUAAACUCCGAGAAUUUGUUCAGAUGAAACUUCCGCCUGGAUUUCCUGUCAAGUUAGACAUCCCCGUUUUCCCCACCAUCACUGCCACCGUGACCUUUGAGGAGUUCCGCUACGAUGAGUUCGACGACUCCAUUUUUACGAUUCCCAACGACUACAAGGAGGAUCCCAGCCGCUUCCCAGACCUCUGAGCCGCU